AUGAGCGCUAAUCAGGACAAGGACAAGCCAAGCGUUGCUCACAAUGAGGACUCGGAACCUGGCCAGAUCGGGCCAGAGAUUACAGAAGAGGAGAUCAAAAGGAUCCGUCGGCGAAUAGACCUACGGCUCAUCCCUGCUUUGGGUUUGAUGUAUGGAAUUUCACUGAUGGACAGAACUAACGUUUCUCAUGCCGCCAUCGCCGGCAUGUUUGAUGACCUCGAUCUCAAUACCGGAUAUGGAUACAGUACAAUCACAUUGAUUUUCUUUGUGUCUUAUAUCAUCUUCCAGCCAGCUAUGACUAUACUCUGCCGCAAAAUCGGCCCAAAGAUCUUCCUCUCGGCUGCUUGCCUCGCGUGGGGUGUCGUCCUUAUUGGAUUCGGCUUUGUUCAUGACUGGAAAGCAAUGGUCGGACUCCGGAUUAUUGUGGGAGUAUUCGAGGCAGGCUUCUUCCCUGGGUCGGUCUAUCUUUUGUCUACAUGGUAUACUCGAUAUGAAAUUGGCAAACGAUACUCGGUCUUCUAUAUGACGGGAACUAUCCUGUCUGCAUUAUCGGGGAUUCUAGCAUAUGGUUUGAUGCAACUGGAGGGGCAUGGUGGGCUACGUGGCUGGCGUUGGAUUUUUAUCCUAGAAGGAAUCAUAACGUGUGCUGUGGCCCUCUUUGAUUAUAUUGUAUUGGUCAAGUUCCCAGAUCAAGAAGCUGAAAUUCCUUCGCCUCUGUUCCUGCAAGUAGACGAAGCCAAGGUCGUGCUUCAACGUCUCGACGCUGACCGUGGGGAUACUAAACUCGAACCUUUCUCGCUUGCGGCAUUCUUGAAGCCAGCCAAGGAGAUUGAGAUCUGGGCUUUUGCAUUUCUAUUCUUUCUCUGCACGACAGUCACAUACUCAUUUGGGUUCUUUGGCACUGUCGUCUUGAGGCAAAGUCUCGGUUUCAGUGUAGCAGAAGCUCAAUGCCUCGGAUCACCACCAUACGUUUUCGCCGCAAUUGUCAUGUUCACCGGUUCUUGGGCUGGUGAUCGGUACAAGAAACGAGCACUCAUCAUCUUCAUCAACUGCGCGAUCGGAAUCAUUGGCCUACCAAUCAUGGCUUUUCACCCUGAUCCCAAAGUCAAAUAUUUUGGCAUUUUCAUUGCUGUCGCAGGCGUAAAUGCGAACAUUCCUGCCAUCAUGUCUUACCAGGCCAACAACAUCCGUGGUCAAUGGAAACGAGCAUUCUGCUCUGCUCUACUCACCAUAUUUGGCGGCAUCGGUGGCAUUGCUGGCAGUCUUGUUUUCAGAAGCCAAGACUCUCCACACUACCGACCUGGUAUGAUUGCUUGCUUGGUCUGUACUGCGCUCAUUGCCAUCGUGACAGCAGCAAUGUCUCUUCUUUUCAGGCACCGGAAUAGAAAAGCGGAUAGAGGUGAAUGUGUCAUCAAUGAGAGCCCAGAGUUCAGAUAUACAAUCUAG